AUGGAAAACGUGCAAAUUGCAAAAAGACUUUCUUUAUUAGAAGAACAGAAAAAUUUAUUGAUAGAAACCGCAAAAACACAAGGUUGGAUUGACGACAACUCUUCAACAUUAGAAUACGACGAUAGAGAAGAUUUCGAAUCGGAAAAACUUUCCGUUGUAAACAUGGUUAAUGCUGAAGAAACAAUACUUGAACAACAAAGUCUUUCAACUAUGGAAUUUCGAGUUCAUCAUUUGGAAAAGUCGAUCUUUGGGUUUGACCCUGUUGCCAAAAAAGCUUUAGCUUAUGAAAAGCUUAAAGAACAAUAUUCAUUACUAAAGAGAGUGGAUGAACUCAAGAAAGAAUUUAACACUAUCAUAAUGGAGCGUGAUGGAGCUGACGGUUUAAAGACCUUUCUCGAGAUUUACGAUCAAGUGUCUGAACUCAUAUCUCCUUUUAAAGACUCUGCACUCGUCAUGGAAAGAGUUAUUCUGACACCUGAAGCCAAAGCAGAAAUUGUUGCAUCUUCAGCUAAUGAACUAGAAUUAGUCGCCGAAAAUUUGAAACAAAUUAAUGAAUUACAAUCAAUAAUUGAAGCACCGGAAUUCAAAAGCUUUGAAAAACUUCUUCCCCAACUUACACCCAUUGAAACCAUUCAUAUAGAUCAAUCUUCAAAAGCUAAUGAAGUCUCUGCUCGUAUAACAAAUUUACUAGACACAUAUAAUGGGAUUGUUAAUACACUUUCAGAAAUUUUUAUUUCUUGGGAUCAUAUUCUUACGGCAAUUGAUGCAAAUAUAUCUUUGCUUGAAAGAGCAAAAGGGUGA